UUAACAAAAUGGAUAUUGAAUAUAAAGUAUUAAACUUAUUCAGAACUAAACAAUACGACGAAUGCAUAAAAUUAUGUUACGUUACACUUCAAAAUAGAAGUGAUCAAAUGAUAGAGUUUAUUCAAAUGCGUGCUAUGACCAUCCAAACAAAAAUUGCUGGUAAUGGUUACGAAGAAGUCGAUUAUUACCCGCAACAAGAUGAUGAUUACUUUACCACCGCAGUUGCUAGAACUCCAAGGGUGGGUACAGCGUUUUUAAGGGAAUCUAAGACUGCGCAACAAUUUAACAAAACUGCUAGUGCAACAGCAACUUCUAGGACUCGUGGUUACACAAAAACUGGGCGAGCCCGAAGUGCUCGAAGCGCCCUGCACACUGCAUCGAGGGCAUCAAGGGCGGCCACCGCACUAGCAGGCGGGACUUCUUUUACCUCUGGAACUCCACUCUCUCUUAGAUUAAUAUCAAAAGAAGACAAAUUGUUUUCUCCUGCAUCAAAAACUCUUUUCGAGUAUGUUUAUUAUUGUGAAGGCGAUGUUCGAAAGGCUAUGGAUAUUGCAUUUCAAGCGCAGAAACAGAAUGACUCCACUGAUUGGUGGUGGAAUUUUUCAUUAGCUCGGUGCUAUUACGUGCUAGGAAUGUUUCGAAACACGGAGGAUUGCCUUCGCAAUGCACUUAAGCAAAAUAAACACAUUUCAAUUUAUCUACGUCUGAUAGCAAUGUAUGUGAGCUUAAAUCAACCUUUAACAGCUCUGGAAGUAUGUAAACAAGGCCUGUCUGUAUUUCCUGAGUAUACGCCACUGACGCUGGAGCAAGCCAGAAUUCACGACCAAAUGGGGAACACGACAUUAGCUUUAAAAGAAUAUCGAAGUGUGGCUUUGGAGGAUCCCUCUAAUACCGAAGCUAUUGCGAACAUUGCUAUGUACAAUUUUUAUAAUGACCAACCCGAAAUAGCUCUGCGUUAUUACAGACGCUUGCUGGCUACGAACAUACCAGGGUCAGAAAUAUACAAUAAUCUUGGACUUUGUUGCCUUUACUGCAACCAAUGGGAUCUCAUACUGCCCUGCUUUCGACAAGCUCUCUACUUUUCCACAAAUCCUGAAAAUAAGUCUGAUAUUUGGUUUAACUUGGCACAUGUUGCUUUGUCUACUGGUGAUAUGGCUCUCGCUCGUCGUUGCUUGCAGGUGAGUAUGGCUAUUAAUUCCGAGCAUAGCGCUUCAAGACAAGCACUACAUACGUUAGACGCAAGGAUUUCGAGAAUCCGGAAGACGUAAGGUCAUUUUAUAAAUAAAUAAAGUACGUAGUUCAAU